GUUCGGAGGAUAGAGCGAGAGGAGUUGGCUUGGUUCCUGAGACUCUGGCUGCUGCAUCGUUACGUAGCGGAGUGGGUAUGAGAAGUUUGCAACCGGUUCUGCAAUGAGCAAGCAAGCUCUGCAAAACAAGAUGCCACCGGAGUUUAGAAACAUGUGCGUCCUCCUGCCAAACCGAGACCAGCUCAAUGUGAUGGUUGGGGUAAAAGCCACUGGACAGGAACUCUUCGAGCAAGUUUGUGACGCACUGAGAAUUAAAGAUCCUCACUUCUUUGGCAUCAGUGUUGUAAAAAACAAUGAAUAUGUAUUCAUUGACCUGGAGCAGAAGCUUUGCAAAUAUUUCCCAAAGGAGUGGAAGAAAGAAGCAAGCAAAGGAACAGAGAAGUUCAGCCCUCCUUUGGUUGCUUUCUUCAGAGUACAGUACUAUGUUGAAAAUGGACGGGUUAUAAGUGACAAGGUAGCACGGCAUUACUACUACUGCCAUCUCCGGGAGCAAGUGUUGAGGUCCCGGUGCACUGACAAAGAAGAAGUCUACUUCCUGCUGGCUGCUUAUGGCCUGCAGGUUGACGUGGGGGACUUCCAGGAGAACUUCCACCGAGGGAACUACUUUGAACCUCAGACUUACUUCCCACAGUGGAUUAUUGCAAGGCGAGGGAGUGACUAUAUCCUGAAGCAUGCUCCAGAGAUGCACCGGGAACAGCAAGGCCUGUCUACGAGGGAAGCCAUUCUGAAGUACGUCAAGGAGUCCUGCUUGCUAGAAGAUGUGCCUGUCCACUUCUACAGACUGCAGAAGGACAAGAAGGAGGAUCGCCCAACCAUCAUUUUGGGUCUGACUCUUAAAGGGAUGCACAUCUAUCAGGAGGUGAACCAUGUUCGCCAGCUGCUCUAUGACUUCCCCUGGUCACACAUUGGCAAGCUAGCAUUUCUGGGGAAAAAGUUUGUAAUCCAGCCUGAUGGUUUGCCUUCAGCCCGGAAGCUAGUUUACUACACAGGGUGCCCUUUCCGGUCUCGGCAUUUGCUGCAGCUGCUCAGCAACAGCCACCGUGUGUUUCUUAACAUCCAACCCAUACUUAAGCAGAUCCAGAUGCUGGAAGAUGCAGAAGAGAAGAAACGAUAUCGGGAAUCCUACAUCAGCGACACGUUGGAGAUGGACCUUGAUCCAUCCGACAAGCAUUCGCACGGCAGUGGAAGCAGCAGAGGAAGUGAGAAGAACAACCGUCUGUCCCGACAGUCGACCGACAGCCAUGGCAGCUCUCACACGUCGGGCAUUGAAGCCGACUCAAGGCAUCGAAUUUCGGUGGAGAUGUCGGUGGACGAGCCCUUUGGGAUGGAUCGGGUUCGUCGGAAGGAGAAGUCCUGCAGCUCAAACAUCAGCUGUGGGAGCUCUGGCAUUGAUAGCGGUGGCAAAGAGAGAGCCGAAGAGGACUCUCAGGAUGAUGAAGUUGAAUUGACAGUGGACGAGUCGGAAGAGGUGCCUGUGGAUGAGCCUCAGUCAGAGGAUGUCAUACAUGGAAAACCUGUAGAUUCGCUUGCAAAUGAUGGCGUUUGCUGCCAGGACACAAAUCCGAACCAUCUUUCAGUAGUGCAAGUCACGUUAAUAAAGGUCAGAGGCCAGAGUGUGGAAUCGCUUCGCCAGCUUGAAGAGCCCAAAGCUAUGAAGUGCCCGGACCAGCACAGCCAUAGUCUAGAUGACAUCCGCCUUCACAAGUGUCUUCAACCUCCACUAAGUGCCACGUUAUCUUCAGAUACCUCACACAGCUAUACGUUUGGUUGCGCCUUAGAGGAUAAGCUGGCCAGCUAUGGAUGUGUUUAUUCAACAGCCGACUGCAAAACCAAGUCUGCCCUCUAUGGGAAGAGGUCCAUGAACUGCCUGUCUCUGGAUCUCUUGGGGGAAGAUCAGCUCCCAGAGGAAUUUGUGGUGUAGACAGACUGGAGAAGCUUUUGGACCAUCUUGCCAAAGGUCACCUACAAAAAAA